UUGGCGCGACUGAAUCCACCUCAUACAAUAUGAAAUAUGACACAUUUCCCAUGUCAACGCUCGCUCCUCAAUUCCUUCUCUGUCCGUCGAAACCAUUCCUCUCCGGUGCCGAUGGCCUCCGACGAUAGCCAAUCGGCGCUCACCUUUCUCGGGACCGGCGGCUCGGGCUCCGUCCCCAGCGUAAGUUGUCUCAUCCAGCCCUCCGACCCUCCCUGCCCCGUUUGCUCUCCGGCCUUGUUCCUUCCGCCUGAGAAAAACCCUAAUUACAGGUGCAAUUCGUCUCUUUUGUUUGAUAAUCGCUUAAGCGAUGGAAAUCGCAGCUAUAUACUGAUUGAUGUUGGGAAGACAUUCAGAGAACAAGUUCUUAGGUGGUUUACUCUCUAUAAAAUUCCUAGAGUAGACUCCAUUAUUUUGAGCCAUGAUCAUGCUGAUGCAGUUCUUGGUCUGGAUGAUAUACGUUCUGUUCAGCCAUAUAGUCCCACAAAUGAUGUUGAUCCCGCUCCCAUUUAUUUAACUCAGUUUACAAUGGAAAGCGUCGCGAUGAAGUUUCCUUACUUGGUCCAUAAAGAGGUAAAAGAAGGCCAAGAAGUGAGACGAGUAGCAAAGUUUGAGUGGAGGAUAAUUGAUGAUAACUGUGAGAAGUCAUUUGUUGCAUCAGGCCUGCAAUUUGUUCCUUUGCCAGUGUUGCAUGGGAAAGGUUAUAUAUGUUUGGGCUUUCUCUUUGGUGAAAAAGGUAGAGUGGCUUACUGAUGGAAACCUUUCUGAUUAACGAAGAACAAGAUGAAUGAAUGAAGUUUAUUCAACAAGGAAGAACACUUUACACAGGUGAUAUUUGAGAGAUCACCGCUUUCCUAUACUCUCCAAUCUCUAUUCUUCCCAAAGAUCCCUAACUUCUCAACCUAUCUCUUAUUCAUAGACUUCCCUAGAUUCCCCCGCAGCUUCUUCUACAAGUUUCCUUUACAACUAACUCCUAACAACUAACUAAAUUCAGUUACAAGCCACAUCAGCCUAAUUACUAAUGUAGCAUUUCUUCUUUCUCCUUGCUCCGCUGUUUGGUCCCCCAGUUCUUCCUCAACUGUUGCGUCAGCUCCAUCCCCAUCUUCUUCAUCCAUCGCCGCAAUGAGAACCUGCAGCUGUGGGUUUUUACAAACAUGCCCAAACCGCCAUUUCUCCUCACACCGGAAGCAUAAUCAACGCUCCCUGCACCGCUGCAAUUUAGCAUCGGAAAUUUUCUUCCUAAAGCUGUCAUGUUUCCUCGUGGACUGAGAAGAACUAUUUUCUUGCCUCUUGUUAACCGACACGCCCGAUUGGCUAGAGCUGGUACGUGUCAACUCUGGGGAUCCCUUAUUUCUUUCCACCAGUUUCGGUGGAUUCUAGCUAGAGCCACUACCCGGCCAGCUGGAGCUACUACUUGUAGUGCCUCCAAACAUUGAGUUCUUCAGCCCAACUGUUCUGUAAAAUCCAGCCCUUUCAGCACUUGUUCUCGCUUGUGAAGUUCUCAACAUCUAGGUCCGCUCAAGGGCCCAAUUCUUUUCUUCAAUUUUUUGGGCCAAAUCCAUUACUUGGACGAGGGAAGUAGGCUUCACCAUACGGAUUUCAGCCUUAAUCUCCUCUGCUAAACCAUUCGACAAGGCUCCAAUCAGGAAUUCCUCUUCCGCCUCUCUCAAGGGAGUUGAGAGCAGCUCAAACUUCUCACGAAAUUCCGCCACCGUCGAAUCCUGCCGCAAAGCGAUGAACGCCUCGUAAUGGUUGCCAGUUUUUGAAGAUCGGAACCUCUGCAUCACGGAGUCCUUGAAAACCGGCCAUGAAUUGUUACCAGACCUGGAUUCCAUCCAUUGGAACCAGUUCAAUGCUUUUCCCUCAAGUCCGAUAACAGCCGCCGCCACCCGUUCAGCCUCCUCAAUGCCUUGGAUCUGGAAGUACCGCUCGAGCCGAAACAACCAUCCAUGCGGAUCUUCGCCGUUGAAGAGAGGAAUCUCCUCCUAACCGCUCGGCGCUGGUCCAUUACCGGAAUGAUUCACCGCCAUCGUAGUAUCACCACCUUCAUCACCGCUUGAAGUCGAUGCUUUAGCUUGCUCUGCCUAUGGAUUCGCAUUGCCUCCCGAUCUCAUCCAACCGGUAAGCUCCUUCAUAUACUCCUUCACGGCUCCCAUAUCCUCUGAAAGUUGGCCGACAACCGUUUUGAGUUCUCCGACGUCUUUCUCAACAAAUCUUCCAUCCAUUUUAUCGACUUUUGAAGCUACCAUUCCCAGACGAAACUGCUCUGAUACCAGUUUGAUGGAAACCUCUAGGAUUAACGAAGAAUAAGAUUGUCGGCAGAGAGAGCCAAUUAGGGAUUUUAUCCCGAUUUAGUCAUGAUCCUAGAAGAGUAUUAGGAUGUGUAUCUAAUGUAAAUAUGGAAAGUCAACUCAGUAGAAUAGAGAAUAGGAAACUGUAAAUAUUUUAUUUUAUUCCUUUCCUUUUUUGUGUAAUCCCGUGUACCUCCUCUUACCUAUAAAGAGGGCAUUGUAUUCAUUCAAUAAGAUUAUUCUAGACACAAUUUUAUUCUAUCUUCUAA